UGAGAUGUAUCUCUCUACUUUUUUUCAGCAAUUUGGAGAAAAACUGUACUUGAAAGGUGUAGGGAGGAGGUCAUGAUAUAGGGAAGCUGAAAUAAUCAGAACACGUGUUUUCAUUUAGUGCUGGUAUUAUGGUGACGCAGCUGAGCAAUACGAACUGCGGUGCCGUAAGAUUGUUGCUGACCUCUGGAACAGACGGAUACUUGUCAUUAUUCGUCUGCAUUGAUCACGUUUCCAUUUCCCCCCUGAAUACUGUUAAAGUAUUACUGUGAGAUGAAGUCGCGACGCUGAUCACGCAGCUCUGGGUCUAAUCUAAAUCACGGACUUUCCGCUGCAAGGUCGGUUUGUAGCGCACUUGCCCUGUGAUUGGCUGGAAAGAAAAAAAAAAAAAAAAAAAAAAAAAAAAAACGUGCCGCACAGGCGCGCUCCCGUGGGCCAGGUGUGCGGUGACCGCGAGGGGGGACACGAGACUAUUGGCGAUUUGUUCGUGUGAAACAUGGCUGACGGGCGCCGCGGGGAAGGCGCCAGCGCUGGGAAGGCGACGUCCACCUGGCCCUGAAGGGUUUCCGGAGUGGCCAUGGACGGCAGCGAGCGGCCGCGGGGCUCUGGCAGCUGUGCGGAACUGGAGCCCGACUCGGUAGACGAGGACCGCGAGAUCGCGUCUAGCGCCGUGCUGCUCGUCCUCGGCGGGGUGAGGAAGGGGACGGUCCACCUGUGCUCCGCUGUGGCCGAGCUGAUGCGCGAGAACCGCCGGAUAAAGGCUGUGCAGUCUACACGAGUGGGAGUCUUGCUCUUGCCAGGACCUGUGGCAGUUUCUGCCUACUGGGCUGAACAUCCUAGAGCCUGGGCCUCUCACAGGUGUCCUCCUGUGCACAGCUUACGGAGGACCGUGGAAGCUCAGAGAGCCCAAAUCCGGCUCCUCAGAAGCAUGCCUCCUGCAGCAAGGGCCAUGUGGCCUCAGACAAGGACCCCUUCCAGUGCUUCCUGCUAUUCGUCAGCAUCCCUGUCAACCUCACAGGACUUUGGUGUCUCCCCUUCAUGCAGUAGCUCGGGAAGGGGGAGUCUGUCCCCUGGUGUGCCUCUUCCAAUCCUGCCUCCCCUGUCACCCCCCCAGAACAAUGUCUCAACAGCUCACAGGAGAGUGGCCACGGUACACUCCCCCAGACAGACAGGCCAGCAAGACUCCCUAGAGCUGCAGGUCCCCCUCACACAGCCACAUCCCAGCUCACCUCCAUUCUGCAGAAGAGCAAGUAGUAAGUGGGAAAGGAAGCCAGAAGAACUCUCCCCUGAGAAAGAUGUUCAGGCAUCAGAAAAAAAGCAAAAGAAAAAAAAGACCAGCAGCAUCUAUAAAGAAGACCUGAGCAUAGAGCCAGACUUUGCUAACCUAGGGUUGAAAUGGAGAUGUUCUCCAGAGCCCAGCUCAUCCUCACAGUGUGAUGCCAGAGAAGGCAGCAGUCACACGUCCAGAUCAAAGCACCGUUUGAAAAUGAACGACCGUGUGGUACUGAACAGCAAGCAGAAAGGUGUGGUCCGCUUCAUUGGACCCCUGGAGAACUCUACUACCGGUGAGGUGUUCAUCGGGGUGGAGUUAGACACAGCCUGUGGAGAGAGUGACGGAACAUUCCAUGGGAUACGAUACUUUAAAUGCAAGCCCAACUGUGGUACCUUUACUACAGUGUCACAUCUUAAAAAGCUCUCAAAGCAGUCAAGCCCCCAGAGCCAACCCAUUACUAGGACUGACUCAAGUGACUCUGAUGGAGGGGCAACAUCUGCUAAGGGCCCUAAAAGCAGGCUGCGGCGCACCAGGAACCAGAAGAACGUCGCUGUUCUUGUCCACUGGGAGCCUGAAUCAGGCUCUGGAACAUCAUGACAGGCAUGCUGGCAUACUGCAUUACAGGCUAGUCCACUGCAGACCUGUUGUGCUGAACUUACUAGUAAGAAUGCAAUAUUGACUCAAGCCCUUUGGCUUUUGUGUGACAGGUACCUAAUUAUAGUAGGUUUUC